AUGUUCCCCAAGUUUCUGCUCCCACCUUUCCGCCGCAGGGAGCAUGGCGUGGGCAGGUCGACCGUGACGAUCGAACCCAGAUCCUCGAAGGAUAAUAGCGGAGACGAGGCCAAGUAUUUGAAAGGCCAUGUUUCUUAUAUCCGCUGCUCUCGCUGUGCAACAGACCUCUGCUUGACCUCCCAGAUCAUCAGUAAGGGUUUCACUGGCCGUCAUGGGCGCGCAUAUCUUGUGUCUGCCGAGCCAGAGGCCUGCGCCGUUUCGGUGAACGCAACGUCAUCACCGACAGUCUCGCUUCCGAAUACCAUCAUUCAAAAACCCGUUCCGCGCCAGCUAGUCACCGGAUCCCACACAGUUAGCGAUAUCAGUUGUGCCUUCUGCGGAAGCGUACUUGGCUGGAAAUAUGUUGCGGCAGAGGAGGAGUCGCAACGUUAUAAGGUCGGCAAGUUCAUUCUGGAAACCAGGAGAACCAUGACCGCUUCGUCUUGGGAGUCUGCUACUUAUGUUGGCUCGCCUGCACAACCCGAGUCACUGGAAGCCGCGGAUAUACAACCAGAAGCUUCGGGAAUUCCGGUGGAAUUCGACAGCCAAGACGAAGACGAAUGCGAGGAUUUGUUUGCGGGGAUCUGGAGCCCCGGUUUGGCAGCAUGUCGGAGAAGCCGCAAACUUGAUCGUCCGUCAGUUUUUGGUCUUACAUAG